AUGGCGCAGCGCCAAGAGGAUGGCAUCCCCCAGCCUUGGGAGAGACUGGGGGAUGUCAGGAAGAAGAGAGAGAGGUCCCCGAGGGCCUCAAGAAAAAUCUACGUCCUCACUGAUAGUGAGGACGAUGACAAUGAGGCGCCCCUGCGACUGACCCGCCCACCGAGAUUCACGGCGCCGCAGCGGCAAGAUGUCGACUUGUUCCUGCGGGACAUUCUCGACAGGUCUCCGAUGGCAGCGGCCUCGGAGGCCGCCGCGCUGGCGGACGAGAUCGAGGCGAUCCGCUCCAAGUCCACCUCUAUCAGGGGGGACUGGAGCGGUCGCCUCAAGAAAGACAGCUAUCUCCUCAAGGAGAUAGUUCUGGCUUUUGGCCAACGGUUGGCGGACUCUGGGGGCGGGGAACUAUCCCGCCUCCAGAGAGAGUUGGAGACUCUCCGGGAGGAGGUAAUAGUCCUCCGGAGAGAGAAGGAGGAGAUGCGGCGGGAGAUGAGAACAUCUAGGUGGUCUCCCUCUCCCCCCAGCGUACACCCCCCCGUCCCGGACCCCUCUGGCACUCAGCCAGAGGCAACUGGGGCGGAGGUGGACAGGGUGCAUUUGGCACUCCCCCCCCAGUCAGGCGACUGGGGGAUGGAAAUAGAGGAACCUUCGGGCGGGGGGGACUUGUCGCCCCCUCGUCCCCCCAGGGCCCCCUCUCCUCCUCCUCCUCUUCCUCCGGGGAUUACCCCGGCAAUGAGGGAGAUGCUGGAGGGAGUCGCCACCAUAUUUAAAGAUGGCAUGGCGAGAAUGUCGGCGGUCCUCUCGUCACUAAACGAGAGAGUCGCCGACCUCGAGGCGGCGCGCGCGCCGUCGAAGCAGCGCCCCUCCCAACCCCCUCCUCAACCGCGGCCCCCGACUUCGGGCGCCGUCUCGAGGAGUGCGAAAAGGAGGGAGUCACGCAAAAGGCGGGCCGCCAGAUUGGCGGACCCACCUCUGGGGACCCCGGCUGACGGGGGACCGGACUCGGGGGCGGGGGUGUCAGUUCCCCCCGUCUCGGCCCUGGCUCCCUCAUACGCCGAAGCGACGAGGAGCAAGAGGGGGGGCAAGUCCAAGCCAGCCCCUCCACCGCCGACUGAUGGGAAGGCCAAGGCCCCCACAGAGGCGGUGAAGAAAAGGGAGGCCCUGCAGAGGGCCAAGAGGCGGCUGCCCAAGACGGCGGCCGUUAUGAUCUCGGUUCCUCCGACGGCCUCCCUUUCGGAGGUAAUGAGUAAAGCCAAGUCCUCCAUUAAACUGGAGGACUUGGACAUCAAGGGUGUCCGCGCGCGGACGACACUCGCGGGGAAUUUCCUCAUCGCCAUCCCUGGCGUGGGUGCAGAGGCCAAGGCCGACGCCCUCGCCAGGGAGAUGAGGAAACAUGUCGGGGACGAGGCGAAGAUAUCUCGUCCCUGUACUUAUUCCGAACUUCGCCUCCGCAGUGUCGAGAUGUUCGCCACGGCGGAGGACAUCGCAGCCGCCAUUGCCACGCAUGGCGGCUGCCAGAAGGAAGAUGUGCGGGUAGGCCCACUGCGCCCCCCGCGAGGAGGUAAUAGGGUGGUCUGGGUGAGGUGCCCCUCCAGGGCCGCGAUGAAGAUCGCGGCGCUACAGGGGCUACAAAUAAUCUGGGCCACCGCUAAGGCUGACCUGCUCCCAGCCAGACCAACCCGGUGUUACCGGUGCCUGGCUAGGGGGCACACGCAGCAGCAAUGCCCGUCCAAAGUGGACAGGACACGCUGCUGCUUCAACUGCGGUGGGGAGGGCCACGGUGCGGGCACCUGCAAAGCCCCGCCGAGAUGCCCCGUAUGCGCCGACCGCGGUAAAGAGUCCGGGCACCGGGCGGGGGCACAAGAGUGCCCUCGAGUACCCCCGGUCGCCUCGACGGCCAAAGGGGCCGCGGGCUCCUCGGCGCCAUUCCGGGCCCCGGCAAGCCGGGCCCCCCGGACGGCCCGGGAGUCCUCGGCAAGAAUCCGAGGGGUGCCCCGACCAAGUAGGCCGGGGUCGCCUGCGGAAACGGCCUCGGUGAUGUCGGAUCUCUCGACACACACCGAGGCCGGGGAGAAGCGCCCUCGACCGGCGGAGGGGUCGGACUCCGAUCAGGCCCAACAACUGCCGGCCAAAAAGAGAGCCGGAAGGAGCGAGACUGGGGCGGGCCGCAAGCCAGGGCCCAGGUCCCGCACCACGUCCCGUAGUCGGGACAGAUCCCCCCUGACGCUGUCUCAGCGUCGGGAAGAGGAGGAUCUCUCCGACUAG